UUUACUUCCCCUUUCCUCAGCAGAGGUGAAGUAUCACGGUGUUUUUUCUAUUGUUUACCUUCCAAGUAGGCGGUUCUUGCUCUCCUGGUUCUUCUGUGUAGAGAAACGAAGAGCCAGACAUACAGUGUUUGGAUACUGUAGUAGUUUCUCCAGGAAAUCUAGGCAUGUUAAAACACAGCCUAUUUUUGUUCACUUUUGGACUGACUUUAACUGGAAAACCUUUUUGGAUAAAAGGUGUUUCUUCUGAACAGACAUCCGGCCUUUCUACAUUAGAAAUAAUUAUUCCUCAAAGUCUGACAGGCAGAGAGAACCGUCACCCAUUUUCUCAUGAGGAGCAUUCAGAUGACAAACUGUCAUAUUCAUUUAAAACCAGAAAUGGAACAUACCUCCUAAAACUAAAGAAAAAUAAAAAGCUUGUUAGUGAAGACUUUAGAGUAUAUACAUAUGGGAAAAAUGGGAAACUGGAGACUACACAAUCAAAACUCAAGACACACUGUUGUUAUCAUGGCACUGUUGAAGGAGUUGCUGACUCAAUGCUUGCUCUUAGCACAUGUGAUGGCCUUAGAGGAAUUCUCUACAUUGGUGACAAAUGGUAUGGAAUGGAGCCACUCAACACGUCCAGCACAUUUGAACACGUUUUUUACCAGUUAGAAGAUGUGCAGCAUAUCCCUUUCCGAUGUGGUGUGCUGCAUGACAGUCUUCAUCAUGAAAAGUCAUUUGUGAAGCAUUCUGUGAAAUAUGCCUUUUUAUCAAACAGUACCUCUAGUAGGGAAAAGCUUUUGAGGAAGAAGCGCGCUGUCCUGCCACAGAAAAGCUAUGUGGAAUUAUUUAUGGUUGUGGAUAACAACAGGUUUUUGCUGAAGAAUUCUGACUCUACUUCAGUGCAAAAGGAGGUAGUUGAGCUGAUAAAUUAUGUUGAUGGGAUGUAUAGAGCUUUAAACAUCCAGAUUGUUUUGGUUGGAUUAGAGAUCUGGUCAGAUGCAAACCCAAUAUCUGUAAUGGAUGGUUCAGCUGGAGAUGUACUGAGUAGAUUUGUUUCUUGGAGACAAAAAGAUCUUCUUAAACGAUCAAGAAAUGAUGUUAGCCAUCUCAUAAUAGGGAGAAACUCUUAUGAUGGAGCUAUCGGAAUGGCUUUUGUAGGUACCAUCUGUUCACAACUCCAGGGAGGGUCAAUUAGCACUUUAAAUCAUAACAAUAUGUUACAUCAUGCUACAGUAGUCGCACAUGAAUUGGGCCAUAAUCUUGGAAUGAAGCAUGAUGAUAAAAGAUGUCCUGCAUCCUAUAUUAUGUACAGCACAGAUAAUGGAUCCAGGAAUUUCAGCACCUGUAGUGUGGACGAUUUUGAGAAUCUUAUUCUAAAUGGAGGAGGAAACUGCCUCAGAAAUCCUCCCAAAACAAGUAAUGUUUACAAAGAACCUGUCUGUGGUAAUAAUGUGGUGGAUAGCAAUGAAGAAUGUGACUGUGGCAAACCCCAGGAAUGUACAAAUCCUUGCUGUGAUGCUGCAACCUGCAAACUCACAUCUGGAUCACAAUGUGCUCAAGGGCUGUGCUGUGAAAAUUGCAAGUUUAAAGUGGCAGGAGCAGAAUGUAGGUCAAAAAUGGAUUUCUGUGAUCUACCUGAAUACUGCAAUGGAAGCUAUGCCUACUGCCCAGAUGAUGUUUGUAUCAUGAAUGGUUACCCAUGUAACGACAUGAAAGAAUAUUGCUACUAUGGAGUAUGCCAAAGUUUUGAUUCACAAUGUGAAUCCAUAUAUGGAAAAGGGGCACGAAAAGCGCCUGAUGUGUGCUUUGAAAAAGCCAAUAUUAAAGGAGAUAGGUUUGGAAACUGUGGAAUGGAAGGCGGCGUAUACAAAAAAUGUCCUGUUCAGCAUAGUCUAUGUGGCAAGCUCCAGUGCACUUCUGUUAGUCUUCAAAAUCUUCCUGUUUGGAGUGUUGUCAACAAUGCAUCCGGGGUUCUAUGCUGGUCUUCUGACUUUGACUUAGGAUCAGAUGUCCCUGAUCCUGCUCAAGUUCAUGAGGGAACAGCCUGUGGAGAAAGGAAGGCUUGCCUCAAUUUUGAAUGUGUUAAUGCAAGUUACCUGGGCUACAGCUGUGAUGUAAAGCAGAAGUGUUAUGAUAAUGGGGUGUGUAACAACAAUGGGAACUGCCAUUGCAAUUAUGGAUGGGCGCCUCCUUUUUGCAACCAGCCAGGUUAUGGUGGCAGUAUCGACAGUGGUCCAGCUCACAUAGAUACAUCACUUCGAAAUGGUCUGCUUGUGUUUUUCUUCCUUGUGUUGCCAAUAUUGAUUGUUAUUGUGAUAGCAGUCAUUAAGCGGGAUGCAAUAAAAAGAAGGUUUUGCAGGAAAAGUAGAAGACAACACAGGGAUAACAAUGUGCAGCAACCAAAACAAAAUCAUACAAGUCAGAAUACAAGAAAUAAUGAGCCUACCACAUCAAGUCCUGAUUUUUUUACCCUAUCGCAUUUUCCUAGUCCAAGGCAGCCAGUACAAACCCAGUUUCCUGCAGUUCCUUCAAGAGCUCUGCGACCCACAGUCCCACCUAGACCAGCUGUCUGAAAGUUUCUUGAAAGCCCUCACCAAUUCAGACAAUUAACUCAUCUGAAAAAAUAUGUGAAAGGUAAAAAUAAUGGAAUGCUCUAAUAUUUGUUUUCCUAUCACAAUGCGAAAAUUGGAGUCCUCCAGUCCCUUUCUUAUGCAGUCAAAACACUUUCUGAAAGCCUGUACCACGGGAAAAGACUUGAUGUUUAGAGACACUGAACAUAAGAUUUCACAAUAUCCCAUUAUUUUGCUAAGAGCUGCUGGUGGUAUGUGUGUCUCAUCUACCUCCCCUCUCUUUUUUUAAGUCAAAGGCCUAAAGUUCAACUUCUGUUAGUUUUUAUCUAUAACAGCACCAAGAAACAGAACUCUUCCAAAGUGUAGCCUUAUUUGCAGCCCAAAGAGAAGUGCAUUCAAUUAUUUAAUGGACACACUUUAUUCAUCUCUAGUCAUAUGCUGCAGCAAAAAUUGUAACAUAGACUGGCUUCCUGGGAAGCCUAUGGUCUGUCUACCUCCUGCGCUAUCCUUGAAGCUGUAUGCAGCCUGGAACCUGUGCGAUGGCUGCUCAGGGCAGCUCUUACCUCUUACGCUGAGUUGUGGAUAGUUCCUAUACUGUUGCUCUGAGCCUUUUCUUCAGUGUAAAUAUAUCAAAGCUGGGAUCAGGAUCCCACCUCUCAUAACGUACUGGUUACGUCACUCUUCAAUUCAGAUUAUAAAAAUAGCCUGAUAAAGAGACCCUAAUGAAGGAAAGAAACUCUCUGGAGAAUAAAUCUGAGUCCAAAUAAAACAAGCUAUCUCUGUUCUUAUUGAUAAUGUGGCAUAUCAGGAAAUAUGUUACACAUCUUAACAAUGUUUUAAAUGUUUACUAGUUACUACAGCUUCAGAUUUUUGCUAGAGGCAGGUUGUUACAAAAACAACAGAUAAUUUCUGUAGUUCUGAAUGCAACAGUUAGGAAGUGGUAUAGAUUUAAAAGAAAAUGUAUGAAAUUACAUUGUUUGUCAAAAUGGCAGCUAAGGGAAAAGAACCUAGCAUGUAGACUGAAGAUAAAAACUCACUGGAAGAAAUGAAAUGAUACAGAUCAUCCUUCUUUGUAUGUAGGAGAGUGCAUCACACACUGACUGUGUUCACGUGUAAAGUUUGGGAAUAUGAGGUAGCAGCAACAGUGAAUACGCUAUGGAAUCAGCUCCCAAAGAAACUCAUUCUAAUCCCUUAGAUGGUUAUUUUGCAUAAGCACACAAAACCUCCUGCAGGCAAAAGCCUGCACUGACAAGUAGCACCUUCCAAAUAAGUGUUGUCUUUCUGAAUUCCUGAAAAUCUGAAAUAAUUGUAACUAUUAAUUAAGCAUUCCUAUCAUUCAAAUGUGAUUAACAAGUGUAAUAUUAAUAAAACUUAUUCAUCCAUGAUUAAA